AUGAUUCCAAUAGUUCCAUUAAUAAAAUCGGUUGUUUAAGAAUCGUAGCAGUUAUUUACUGCUAAAGAUGAAUUCGAAAAGAAACAAAAUGAAUUAAUGUAAUUAAUAAUAGAUAUAACUCAAUCCUUGGAUUAAGUGGAAUACUUCGAUAACAUUCAAGAAGAAUUAUACACUUACGAUGAAAAGCAAUUUAUAAAGUAGUGCAAAGAUCUUUUGCACCAAAGUGAGCAGUUAGUCCAAUAAUUACCAUCCAAUUUAACUAAAAUAAAUGGCUAUCUAUAUAGUAAAACUAAUAACUAUAAAGAGUUACUACAACAUUUAUAAGAACUAAAUAAAAUAAGUUCUUAAAUUCGUUCAUUAGAAUUAUAAUCCUAUGAAGUCUUAAAAACUGUGGUAGUUUUUUAACCAAAGAUCUAAUGUAAAUAAUGA